AUGUCUAAUCGCUUCUACAUUCUUCUCGGCGGUCUGCUGUUUCUAUCAACGUUUGGGUUAACUGGUGUCAUUGUAAUUCCUCUGAGUGUCAUAUGCUUCUUGGCAGGGUUCCUAUACAUUGUCUACCAAACGGGUCUAGAAAAGUCUGCAGAACUCGAUGAGAAGUUGGCGUUUCGACUACAGAAGUACAAGUUUCCAUCAGGAAUAGAGCAGCUGUUGAAAAAUGGCAAACGGCUGACUGAGCAGAAUCAAUAUGAAGAAGUUCACUCUAUGAGCAAUUCUCCACAAUUAGAUCUGGUCCUAGAAGAAAUUCUCGGUUACAUCACUCGAGAUUAUAUCGGCUUCUGGUACAAAAAUCUGUCAAAUGACAAACUUUUCGAGCAAAGUCUAAAAAGAACAUCUCGUCGUUCAAUUGCCUCUCUAACUCAAUGCCUACGACAAGUGGAAUGGGUUCCACUGAUCACUCGAGACGUUGUCGAUGAUUUUGCUUCUCAUUUGCGUCUGUUUCGAAAAGCCAAAGAAAGAACUACUUUUCAAAUGAAAGAUGACGGAAAUUCAGACAAAUCUAGUACAGUUGAAGACUUGGAUGCAGAAUUGCUCAGUAACUUUUUCGACUUUGAGCUGGAAAUGGAGAAGACAUUGUGUAGAGAUUUACUCUCAACUACACCUCAUUAUGAGAAUGCGUAUCUCCACGAUCUAGUCGAUAUAAUUUUGUAUCUUGUGAUGCCUCCUGAGGAUUUCAGAUGUCGCCCAUUAAGGUUUUUACUUCGAGAAGUUGUUGUCCGAAAAGUUAUACUUCCAACGCUAGACUAUCUUUCCAACCCAAAUGAAAUUUUCCAAUUGAUCGUAUGGUUGCUGAGUGAAGUGGAACCAAAGCCAGAGGACUUUCUUGCCUGUCUCUCGAGUUCCACGUGUAUAGAAGAGCUCGAAUCAGUGCUGAAGGAAAUUGUUAACGAGAAAACUGUGAUGCGAGGAAAAGAUGCUGGUGGUGAACAAGAUACAUUCGUUAAACAACAACUGGCUAGUCUGAACUUUGUCGAAUUACUUGUUCAACGUAGAAUCGAUUAUCUUGGAUCACAAGAUUCAGCAUUUUUAUCGAAAUUCGGUGAAGAUGGUGACCAACUUGUUCAACUUCCCCUCCAUGUGAUUCUUACGAAUUCGACAGCUCUUUCUCAAUUUUGCGAAUUCCUCAAAUCUGCCGGAGGCCAGAAUUACAUAGACUUUUAUUUGGCAAUAGAGGGAUUCAAAGUAUCAGUAGAGCAUCAGAUGCGAUCGCUUGCAAAGGGGGAGAUUUCCGACUCUGAUGCCUACGAGACGGUCAAAGAAGCAGCCAAGUACAUGUAUGAUCAGUACUUGUCGGAAGAGGCUAUAACACGUGUUCCUCUCGACGAUGCUCUCAUGACAAAGUUUCUACAACGUCUUAAAAAUGACGAACCUCACGAUCUUUGGUUUGAAGCCAUUCAAGAGAAGGUGUUCGAUGUUUUGAAAACUGACGAUCACUUCUUUCCGGCGUUCAAAAAGUCUCCAGCCUAUGUGAAAAUGCUGUUAGAUUUAGAAAUAAUUGACGAAGACCGUAACGAUCCGACAUUGUCAGAAUGUGAUUCAGUGACCUCAUUCUCAUCACAAGAAAAGUCAGAAGACGAGUCUCGUUGCGACUCAGCGCUUCGAAAGCUUCCACUCGAGUUAGAUGGAUCAGCUCCAUUGGAAGGAGAGCCAGUAAUGACAGCGAUCGUGGAGACUUUAGGAAUUGGACAUCAAGGGAAACAGACAUAUGCACUAUACAACGUUCGAGUUACUCGAUGUGUUGAUGGACUGGAAGUGAGCAGUUGGAAUGUUAUCAGGAGAUACUCCGAUUUCCAUUCCCUUCAUCAAAACCUUGUUCAAAAGUUUCCAAAACUGGCAACACUGUCGUUUCCUGGCAAAAAGACAUUCAAUAAUUUGGACUCGCAAUUUUUGGAAAAACGGACAAAAGCUCUGAAUUUGUAUUUAGCAUGUGUCCUCCAACCAUCACUUCUACGCAACUAUCCCGAUAUGGAUCGUCAUGUGUUUGACUUCCUGUCUCAGAAGAAAUAUGCAAACUCGGAUCCUCUCGCCAAGAAGCUGAUGUCCGCAAUGUUCGAUCCAAUCAGAAAUGGAGUGAAAGCAGUUGGUAAUACUGUUAUGGCGGUUCCAGAUCAAGUAUUUGAAGGUGUUACUAAAAUGGGAGCAGGAAUAAACAAUGCAGCGAAGAUUAUCAUUAAUCCUAUCAGCAGUACCACCACACCAAACAGACCGCCUGAAAUGGAAACCGAUCGAGUUGCUGCUUCUUUAACUGACACUGAAGCUGAGAAUAUUCCUCUUCGAGUUUUGGUUCUAGUAGUAAGCGAAGUGUUUGGAGCGCAAGGAAGUGCGUGGUUCCGGCGGCAACUGGUUACCGUUAUCCGACACAUUGUGACUCCUUUCGGAACUUCGAUCAAUAAACGGAUAGUUGAUAUUGUUAACUGGUUGACUAGUGAACAACAAGUCGGCGGUUAUCUGACUUCUUUCAAGUUAUUCAAAUUUGAAAGAGAUUUAUCUAGAAAUUAUGAUUCCAGGAAAUCGAUGUGGCCAGAAGGCGAAUUGGCAACCGAAUAUGUGGAAAAACCAGCUGAAUUCCAUCACAGAACACGCCUUCUAGCAAAAACUCUUAUGCUAUCUUUUCUUCCUGAUGAAUUACGGAUGAUCCUGGGAACCAACGUUAGCUAUAAGGGGAUCAACACAAUAUCAGAAGCAUUCCAGAACAAGAAUCUCAACCGUCGUCUCCUUUACGUCCUUCUAGAACGCUUCCUGAUCAAAGUCUUCCCAUCGAAUCGAUUUGAGAAAAUUUUCGCACAACUUCAUUCAAAAUCACCCAGAACUAAAAAGAUAUGA